GAGCCGCGUCGUCGCCAAGCUUGAGAAGACUUGGGAGCGGCGGCGGGCGCCAUGAGUCAGAGACAAGUGCUGCAAGUGUUCGAGCAGUACCAGAAAGCCAGAACCCAGUUCGUGCAAAUGGUGGCGGAGUUGGCGACCAGACCCCAAAACAUCGAGACGCUGCAGAACGCUGGUGUAAUGUCCUUGCUGAGGCCUCUUCUUCUGGAUGUGGUCCCAACAAUUCAACAGACUGCUGCUUUGGCUCUUGGGAGACUGGCCAAUUAUAACGAUGACCUAGCUGAAGCUGUGGUGAAGGGUGACAUUCUUCCACAGCUUGUUUAUUCCUUGGCAGAACAGAAUCGUUUUUACAAGAAAGCAGCUGCCUUUGUGUUACGAGCAGUUGGUAAACACUCUCCUCAGCUAGCUCAGGCAAUCGUUGAUUGUGGAGCACUGGAUACUCUGGUGAUAUGCCUGGAAGAUUUUGACCCUGGAGUCAAGGAGGCUGCAGCCUGGGCACUUGGAUAUAUUGCAAGACAUAAUGCAGAACUGUCACAAGCUGUGGUGGAUGCGGGAGCUGUUCCUCUUUUAGUACUUUGUAUCCAGGAGCCAGAAAUUGCUUUGAAAAGGAUUGCUGCUUCGGCCCUCAGUGACAUUUCAAAGCAUUCUCCAGAGUUAGCACAGACAGUAGUGGACGCAGGAGCUAUUGCUCACUUAGCCCAGAUGAUCCUCAACCCCGAUGCUAAAUUGAAGCGUCAGGUCCUUUCUGCUCUCAGUCAGGUUGCAAAACAUUCUGUGGAUCUGGCAGAAAUGGUUGUUGAAGCUGAGAUUUUUCCAGUUGUACUUACCUGUCUGAAGGACAAAGAUGAAUACGUGAAGAAAAAUGCUUCUACUUUAAUUAGAGAGAUUGCAAAACAUACACCUGAGCUUUCACAGCUGAUAGUUAACGCCGGAGGAGUUGCUGCUGUGAUUGAUUGUAUUGGCUCCUGCAAAGGGAACAUCAGGCUGCCUGGCAUCAUGAUGCUUGGUUACGUGGCAGCUCACUCCGAGAACCUAGCGAUGGCAGUGAUCAUUUCCAAGGGUGUACCCCAGUUGUCAGUCUGCUUGUCGGAAGAACCAGAAGAUCAUAUUAAGGCUGCUGCUGCUUGGGCCUUAGGACAGAUUGGGAGACACACUCCAGAGCACGCACGGGCUGUCGCGGUCACCAAUACUUUGCCAGUUCUGCUUUCCUUGUACAUGUCGACAGAAAGUUCUGAGGAUCUUCAAGUAAAAAGUAAAAAAGCCAUAAAGAAUAUCCUUCAAAAAUGCACCUACCUACCAGCACUUGAGCCAUUUCUGUAUGAUGCACCUCCCAAUAUUCUGAAGCAUGUGGUUGGACAGUUCAGUAAGGUGCUGCCGCAUGACAGCAAAGCUCGAAGACUUUUUGUCACAAGUGGUGGACUUAAAAAGGUUCAAGAGAUAAAAGCAGAACCUGGUUCUCUCCUUCAAGAAUACAUCAACAGUAUUAACAAUUGUUACCCUGAGGAAAUAGUAAGGUAUUACUCCCCUGGAUAUUCAGAUACACUGCUGCAGAGGGUGGACAGCUAUCAACCACUUACUAACUAAGCAAAGUUAUAUUUUUAGAGUGAAGUUCACAGCAAAAUAUUUAUGAAUAACAAUUGUUAAAGCUUUCUAUAUAUUUGAACUCAUUACAUUCUAGAUGUAUUCAUUGUGAACUAACUUCAGAUAAAUUCUAUAUUUAUGUAAUACUUUAAAAAAUAGUAGCUUGAAUAUAUGAAGAACUAUUCAUGAUCUUUCAUGUGCAUAAGAUGUGCUCAAAACUUAUUAUAGAUUUUAAAAAGACUAGAGAGUUUUAUUAUUGUUUCAUUAAACAUCAUAACACACAUACCCCCACAAACCCACACUCCUCCUACUAGAUAGAAAUAAGAGAUGGUGUUCAAAAACAUUUGAGCCAUUUUGGCCAAUUCCUGAUAGGCAUAGGCAAGGAAAUCUGGCUUUGCAACUUACACAGUAGAACACAAAAGGGAAAUCACUGAAAGAGGAAACUGAUGACAGGAACACAGGGCACUUGACAGACACAGAUACUGGGCACAUAACUGCAUUAACCUAACACAUAGAAUCUAUGCAUAACCCUAAGAUAUUAGGCUCUCUUCUUUAUCUCAAGAUGUUAAAGUUCUUCUCACAGCCUGUCUAAAUUGUUCCUUAUCUUCCUUGGGGCUGGAGAGGGGAGAAGUAGGUAUUAAGCAGUUACAUUCCUACAGACAUGUUCUGUUCCCAUUAAAAUAGUUUAGUCUAGUUUUGCUCAUAAGCAAAUGAGGAAGCAGCAUACAAAAUGGAUCCUUAGUAUUCCUUUGUCCUAACUUCACUUUCCCAAGUUUCAAAAAUCAUACUUUUAGAAACUUAAGGAAUAGCUUGAAAAGAGUUAUUACCAUCAGACUCAGACUACAUACAUUUUCAUUUAGGACACUGUCAAAGGGUGAAAGGGGGUUUCAA